UAUUUUUUUUUCUCUUCCAACAACAAACUUGGGUACAUUUUCAUUGUUCCAAUUUCCCAGACAAUAUUUCCCGAUUUUCUCUCCAACCGCGCCUCCACGCUCUUAUUACUGUACAUAGUAAGUAGUAUUUGCCAUAGCGCCAAACUCAAACGAAUGUCCCGCUUUCACUGUGUCCCUCCUCCACCAAAUCCUAUAAUCCUCGACGACAAGUAAACUAUCCCAUCUACUUUAUUAAAACUCCUGAUUAUUUCGAUAACUUCGAAUAGUCAUCCACAUAAUAGGGGGUUGAAAGGAUUCACCAAAUACUUAUUACUUAUUCAUUCAUUCACUCAUUAUCAUUGCAUUUAACUUCUUGCUCAUACGCUCGUGCAGAGAGCACCUUCCUCAAGCGCCGACUUAGGAAAUUCAACCACAUAUCUUCGCGCAACUCUUAAAAUCGUUUUACCUCGACAUCAUUCAUUGCUGUUAGCUUUCAGGCCAGCCUUACAAAAUGUCGGACGGUAUUGGUUCGGUGCGCACAUUGAAGAGGAAGAAUGUAAAAGGUCUGGCAUUGAAUGCACCCCCACCUCGGGCUGCAGCACCAUCCGAGGGCGAUUUACAGAUUCCUGGUGGAAUUAGCAAUGAGAGUAGCAGGCAGACUGCACAGUUAGAAAUUGGAAUCGAAUACAAGUUAGACUUGAAGAGAGAGGAUCUAGAAGUAUUGAAAGACCUCGGUCAUGGAAAUGGAGGAACCGUCAGCAAAGUUAGACAUAUGGCUACAGGCACGGUAAUGGCAAGAAAGGUAUGCUGGCACAAAUUUUGAGCACUUGCACUUCAAACAGCCGCUUAUGCAAACGUAGGUUAUUCAUGUCGAAGCUAAGAAGGAAAUGCGUCGUCGAAUCGUUCGAGAACUACAAAUUAUGUACGACUGUAAUUCGGAAUAUAUCGUCAACUUUUAUGGGGCAUUUUUGAGCGAUAACAAUGAUGUUAUCAUGUGUAUGGAAUAUAUGGAUGUUGGGUAUGAUUACCUAAAGAUCUCUAGAUGAUUAGAAUGCUGGAGCUAACUCUUUCUUAGGUCUUUAGAUAGAAUCUCUACACAUUUCGGUCCAGUUCGAGUCGAUGUUCUAGGAAAGAUCGCAGAAGCUACCCUAGGAGGUCUCACAUAUCUUUACAUCAAACAUCAUAUCAUGCAUCGAGAUAUUAAACCAUCCAAUAUCUUGGUGAAUUCAAAGGGUCAGAUUAAGCUAUGUGAUUUUGGAGUUUCAGGAGAGUUGGUCAAUUCAGUGGCAGAUACAUUUGUUGGAACAUCGACAUAUAUGGCGCCAGAACGAAUUCAAGGACAAAAAUACACUGUGAAAUCGGAUGUGUGGAGUUUUGGCCUGGCCAUUAUGGAGCUGGCGAUUGGAAAAUUUCCAUUUGAUGCUAGUGAGCACUUAUCUGAUGGAGAUGGUGCACCAUCUGGUAUUCUUGAUCUUCUCCAACAAAUCGUUUAUGAGCCUGCGCCAAGACUACCAAAAAGCGAAGCUUUCCCUCAAAUUCUUGAAGAUAUGAUCCAGAAAUGCAUGUCCAAAACACCAGAAGAGAGACCCACCCCUCAAGAGCUUUAUGUAAGUUACAUUUUGACAAAAUUAACGUUUAGGUUAAUAUACUAACGCAUUCUAUAGGAGCGUGAACCUUUCGUCCAAGCUGCCAAGCGAACCCCCGUAGAUCUUCGGGAGUGGGCCGUCAGUAUGUUAGAGAGAGACAACCGCAAAUCACAUCUUGCACCUCAGUUAUCGCCAGCUAGUAGGGAUGUUUUACGCGGCGAUGAUUCACCAAAUGCCUCUCAAACACCUACAUCUGGAGAUAUUCCCAUAAAAAAUGCCGAUAUACGGUCGUCGAUAACUUCUCCGCAACACACCGAAAACCAUCAUCAAAGAUCUCGUUCCCCUACCAAGAACGGCAGUAUUUCCGGUCGAGGAAGUGAAAGGUUUCAUCCCGGUCUACCUAUAAGAGGCAGCACCACCAAUUCGAUACCAAAACUUGCAGCAUUGAAUGCACCUGACCCACACGAUGGUUCCUCAAGCACAACUGGACCAAAUUUCAACACGACCCUGCCAAUGCGUCCAGCUCCAGCAGGACCCUUACCACCACCACCACCUAGAAAGCAAUCCGAAGAUAACAGCCAUAAGGAAAGUCGACGCCAAGCAACCUUUGGCAAUGGCUUAUACGGUUCGGGCUAUGCGGCCCAAGGUGCAUAAAAUUCCAUACUCAACAUAAUGCAUUGACAUGUUUACACAUUUCUCAUAUCAUUGUGAAGCGAAGAGCAUCUUUUCGGCGUAUCGUAUUCAUCAAAUCUAUAACCAAGAGACAUGUCUGAUUUGAGAACGAAUACCCUAGCUGGCUUCGUCUGAAAUUUCCAUAUUGUAUAUCUUGUCUAUGAAUGUGGAAAGUCUUCAUUGUAUCAAGUAGGGCUGUUGAUAAAGUGUAGGUAGCAUGAUUUGUAUUCCGCGGAUCAGAACGAUGUGGGAAAUGGAUGAAUCGAUGGACGGAGGGAUGACCGCGUGAAGAUACAGAAGAAAGGAAUAUAGGAAUAGGAACAUAGCUAGCUACUGUAGUAAACAGACUCUUGGGAUUCGUGUUGUAGGGCGUUAUUAUUAUACUACUCUGAAGAAUAUAUUGUUUGUCUUU